CAAAUAAAGAAAUAAAUAAUACAAAAAAAAAAGCGGCAAAAAGAAUUCCAAAAAGGCGAUUAUACAACCGAUUAACAACAACAAUAACAACAAAACAAAAUAUUAAACUUUUAAUAAGAGCAACAAUAACAACAACAAGCACAGCAACAAAUAUCAUAUACAAACCACAACAAAAAAUCGCCUUGUAAAUCUGUUUGGAACCAUAGGCGUCGCGCUGAACGGCCCCGGCCUAAGGGGCCAUGACGCGUUGGCCCUUUAAUUUAUUACUAUUGCUAUCGGUGGCAGUAUGCGACUGUAGCAAUCCUCGCACUGUACUAACUGUGGGCUAUCUAACGGCCCUAACUGGCGAGCUAAAGGAUCGUCAGGGUUUGGCCAUAUCCGGUGCACUGACUAUGGCAUUGGAUGAGGUCAACAAUGACACGGAAUUGCUACCAAAUGUAACCUUAGCUCUACGUUGGAAUGAUACCAAGGGUGAUACGGUAUUGGCAACAAAAGCCAUUACCGAAAUGAUAUGCGAUGGUAUUGCAACGAUUUUUGGUCCUGAAGGUCCUUGCUAUGUUGAGGCCAUAGUAUCGCAAAGUCGAAACAUUCCAAUGAUUUCCUAUAAAUGCGCAGAGAACCGUGCAUCCGCAAUACCGACAUUUGCUCGCACCGAACCUCCAGAUACGCAGGUCGUUAAAUCGGUGAUUGCACUUUUGCGUUAUUAUGCCUGGAAUAAGUUUUCCAUAUUAUAUGAGGAAAUUUGGGGCACUGUGGCCGACUUGCUCAAAGAUCAGGCCAUGAAGAAGAACAUGACCAUCAAUCAUAAGCAUUCGUUUAUUGAUAACCGAGCCAAAUGCUGUGAACUAAUGUUACCCUGCUGUCGUUCCGGCUAUUGGUAUCAAGUGGUUCAGAAUACCAUGAAUCGUACACGUAUCUAUGUGUUCCUUGGUACGGCCAAUAGUUUAGUUGAUUUCAUGAGUUCUAUGGAAACGGCUGGUCUAUUUGCCAAAGGUGAAUAUAUGGUUAUCUUUGUCGACAUGAUGGUCUAUUCGGAAAGAGAGGCAUCGAAAUAUUUACGUAAAGUUGAUCAAAUAAAUCGGAUGACUAAUUGCCAUAGUACCGAAAAUUUUAAUCAAUUGGCAAGAAGUCUUUUGGUAGUGGCCUCAACGCCACCAACAAAAGGUUAUGAAAUGUUUACGGAGCAAGUGAGAAAUUAUAGUUCAUUGCCGCCAUUUAAUUUUCAAGUGCCACAAUUAUUUGCGCAGAGUAAAUUUAGUAAGUUUAUUUCGAUUUAUGCGGCGUAUUUGUAUGAUUCGGUUAAAUUAUAUGCCUGGGCUUUGGAUAAAAUGUUGCGUAUGGAGGAGCGUGUUCUCACCGAUGAGGUGAUCUUUGAAGUGGCCAGCAAUGGCACUAGGGUGAUUGAUACCAUUAUCAAAAAUCGUACUUAUAUGAGCGUCACUGGUUCCACAAUUAAAAUCGAUCAAUAUGGAGAUUCGGAGGGUAAUUUCUCAGUGUUGGCGUAUAAGCCGCAUAAAUGGAAUAUUUUGGAAAAUAUACGUUGUAAUUAUCAUAUGGUUCCAGUAGCAUAUUUCCAUCAAGGCGAAGAACUUCCAGAAUAUAAACUCAUUAAUGGUUCGAUUGAUUGGCCUUCGGGCGGGGAUAAGCCAACAGAUGAGCCAAUGUGUGGUUUUGCCAAUGAGCUAUGCCAAAAGGAUGAUACCCAUUACACAUCAACCGUGGCUGCUGUUGUCCUGGGUGUUAUAUUGUUCUGCUCUGGUGUGGUUACCAUGAGCAUCUAUAGAAAAUGGAAAAUCGAAUUGGAAAUUGAGGGUUUGCUUUGGAAAAUUGAUUCAAGCGAGAUAAAGGGCUAUUCCGGUAACGAGAUUGUCUCAUCGCCCAGUAAGGUUAGCUUGAUGAGUGCCCAAAGUUAUGGAUCACGUUGGUCAAAUCAAUUUGUCACCUCAACGGCUCGUUUACGGGGAGCUGUUGUACGGAUCAAGGAGUUGAAAUUUCCACGCAAACGUGAUAUAUCACGUGAGAUAAUGAAGGAGAUGCGUCUAUUGCGUGAAUUGCGUCAUGAUAAUAUAAAUAGUUUCAUUGGCGCCUGUGUGGAACCCACACGCAUUUUGCUAGUCACCGAUUAUUGUGCCAAGGGCAGUCUAUAUGAUAUCAUUGAGAAUGAGGAUAUCAAAUUGGAUGAUCUAUUCAUUGCCUCGCUCAUCCAUGACCUCAUUAAAGGCAUGAUCUAUAUACACAAUUCACAAUUGAUAUACCAUGGCAAUCUCAAAUCAUCGAAUUGUGUGGUCACCUCACGUUGGAUGUUACAGGUGACCGAUUUUGGUUUGCAUGAGUUGCGUCAGUGUGCCGAAAGUGAAUCAAUUGGCGAACAUCAGCAUUAUAGAAAUCAAUUAUGGCGCGCUCCCGAAUUGUUGCGCAAUCAUCACAUCCACGGCAGUCAGAAAGGUGAUGUCUAUGCCUUUGCCAUCAUUAUGUAUGAGAUAUUUAGUCGUAAGGGUCCAUUCGGACAAACCAAUUUUGAACCAAAGGAAAUUGUGGACUUUGUUAAGAAGCUGCCGCUUAAAGGCGAAGAGCCAUUUCGACCCGAGGUCGAGUCUAUAAUUGAGGCCGAAUCAUGUCCAGAUUAUGUUCUGGCCUGUAUUAAAGAUUGCUGGGCCGAGGAGCCCGAAGAGCGUCCCGAAUUCAGUGUCAUACGCAAUCGUUUAAAGAAAAUGCGUGGCGGUAAAACCAAAAACAUCAUGGAUCAAAUGAUGGAAAUGAUGGAGAAAUAUGCCAACAAUUUGGAGGAUAUUGUAACAGAGCGAACACGCUUAUUGUGUGAGGAGAAAUUGAAGACAGAAGAUUUGUUGCAUCGCAUGUUGCCGCAAUCGGUUGCCGAGAAACUAACCAUGGGGCAGGGCGUUGAGCCAGUCUCUUAUGAUUUGGUGACCAUCUAUUUUAGUGACAUUGUUGGGUUUACGGCCAUGUCGGCGGAGAGCACACCAUUGCAGGUGGUUAACUUUUUGAAUGAUCUCUAUACAGUUUUUGAUCGCAUCAUACGUGGCUAUGAUGUCUACAAAGUGGAGACAAUAGGCGAUGCCUACAUGGUGGUCUCUGGUCUGCCCAUCAAGAAUGGGGAUCGUCAUGCAGGUGAAAUAGCCUCAAUGGCAUUGGAUUUGUUGCAUGCAGUGAAACAGCAUCGCAUAGCCCAUCGACCGAACGAGACUCUGAAGCUGAGAAUUGGAAUGCAUACGGGGCCCGUUGUGGCUGGCGUCGUUGGUCUAACGAUGCCGCGUUAUUGCCUAUUUGGCGAUACUGUCAAUACGGCAUCGCGUAUGGAAAGCAAUGGUGAGGCAUUGAAGAUACACAUUUCCAACAAAUGUAAAUUGGCGUUGGAUAAGCUAGGCGGUGGCUAUCAUACGGAAAAACGUGGGUUGGUCAAUAUGAAGGGCAAGGGCGAAGUUACCACCUGGUGGCUAACGGGUGCCAAUGAGAAGGCUAUACAAAAGAAACCCGUUGAUAUGACCGAUAUGCCACCGCCGCUCUUCAGUCGACCGCGAAAGAGUCCCAAAUUGAAUCCGGAUUCGCGGCAGCCAAGUAUUCAGGCAAUGCACUAUUGUGGUACAGGAUCCCGACGACAGAGCAGUGUACCAAGGCCAGCGGAUGUAGAAUCAACAUAUAGCCUGCAAGGUAGUAUCUAUCAGAUGGCACGCGAAUCGCCGCGCAUGGUUAAUAAGCGGGAGAGGGAACGAGAGCGUCCCUCCAUCAAUGGUCUGGGUGGUGCCCUGAUUGAAUCAGCUCAGGCUUCGCUCAGUACGCUGAAUCAUUCCGAAACAAAUGAAACGAACUGUGAUAUGAAUGCAGAAGCAGCAGUCGCCACUGCAGCCACCGCCUCAGUGGCUGCAGCGGCAACAGCAGCAGCUGCAGCGGCAGCAGCAGCAGCAGCAGCAGGUGGAGUUGGACUAGUGCGUCAGCCAAAUGCAUUGCAUAAACCAUUGGCCAUGGUGCGGCCUCAUAGAAUCAUCAGUGCUGCCCAUUUAUGCAUGGCCGAAGAUGGUGACGAGUCGGCGGCCGAAUUACUUUUGCGCGAAUCACGUUCCCUUGAUCCUAUGCCCUUCCAGCAUUUGCUGAAACGACAUGAGCGCGUCAAAUUGCCGCCAUCCAAGCUGCUGUCCAAGAACAACUCAAGAUCUCUUGAUACGGGAGUGUCACUGAUCAGCGGACAUCAAGCGACAACAACAACCGCCCAGCCAAAUGGUCAGAUUGAUCCGGAGGAAACGAAUAUCAAUGCCAAUCUGGUGGAUCUUGCGGAUAUGUCGGCCGCCAAUCCUGUAGAUGCCAAUUAUGAGAGCUAUGACGAUGAGUUGGGCCUUUUAAUGCGUCACGAUAGCUUUCCCAAUGCCCAGAUUCGUAUUGUGCCCACAAGCAGCUGUGGGAAGCAUUUGAAUAACAAUUGUAAUGGCGGCAAUAUGCAAAUGGACGAGGAUUUGGAGUCACCAUUACUGCAACGUCAAUCGUCAUUAUCUGUGCCCGCCGAAGAACUAUUGGACUCCACCAAACGCUGGCAUUCGCUAGAGCACAUUGAUAGUCAUCCGGGUAGUCAUGGGAAUAGUGUUAGCUAUGCCACCGACAUGCAAACGGGAUUGGGCUCUCAGCAGCAAUAUCAUCAUCUACAACAGAAUCCGAAUCAGCAGCAACACCACCACCAUCAGAUCCUCAACCAGCAGCAGCGACCCCCACGAACUAAACUGGGCAAUUGGAUGGCCAGUUUCUUUAAGGGCAAUGGCGUACGCAGCGCUGGCCCAGAUCAGCUGGUGAAACGAGUGACCUCAACCAGUGGGCAGGGUAUGAGAUCGCCGGGUGGUUUCCAAGAUGGUGCCCGCGAUCGUGAGAGUAUUGUGUAAAUCGAAGGUAGAACGAUAAACCGUCGGGAUGGGAGGGGGUGGGGGGAAUCAGGAUGUUGAUCGACCUAGAGAGGGGGUUAGGGAAGGAGCAGAAAAAGUUACUCAGGAAAUGUGUUGAGCAGGAAAUGAAGGUUUAAUUAAUUAUUAUUACACUAUUAUUAUACACAU